AUGACAGCCGCAGUACUAGCGGGUAGCACAGGCCUAGUCGGCGCAAACAUCCUCUCCCAACUUCUCGCACACCCCGCCUUCUCCGCCGUACACGCGUAUGCGCGCCGCGACCUCCCGAACCCUGCAGGCUCCACCAAACUCCAGCCCAUCAUCGCGACCGACUCUUCACAAUGGCCUAGCCAGUUCCCAUCUUCGCAGAAACCUAGGGUCUUCUUCAGCGGUCUGGGUACGACACGUGCACAAGUAGGCAGCGUCGAAGCCCAGCGCAAGAUCGACCACGACCUGAACCUUGACCUUGCCAAAUCCGCCAAAGAAGCCGGUGUGGAGACAUACGUCCUCAUCUCGUCCAACGGCGCAAGCCACACAUCAUAUUUUGCUUACCCCAAGAUGAAGGGCGAGUUGGAGGAAGCCGUAAAGGGUCUGGGGUUCAAGCACACGGUCAUAGUGCGCCCGGGUCUGAUCGUCGGAGAUAGGAGUGAAUCACGACCAGCUGAGGCUGCGCUGAGGGGUCUUGCAAGGGGUUUGAAGGGCUUGACACCUAAGAUGACGGACUGGUGGGCUCAAGACGCCAGUACGAUCGCGAGAGCUGCCGUCAAUGCCGGAAUGCAAUGUAUCGAUGGGAAGAAGGAGGACGGUGUCUGGGUUGUAGAAAUGAAGGACAUCGUUGCGUUGGGCAAGGAGUAG